AUGUACGAAUCACAAGUGACCUUGGUCAUGGACACCAUCUGUCCUUGGACAUACAUCGGAAAGAAGAGACUUGACGAUGCUCUCAAACAAUUCCGUGCCUCUCCCUCAGCAGACUCUAUCUCUUUUGACCUGCAGUUCUCAUCUUACCAACCCAGCCCCAGUCGUCCUGAGACCAUCCCGGACCGUGCUGCGUAUGCUCUUCACGAGAAGCACAAUGAUAAUGAAGAAGCACAAAAGCUCUUCGAAGAACAUAUGCUCUCACUCGCAAAACCACUGGAUGUCCCAAUCGCCUUUGCAGGCCCAACAGGUAAUUCGUUCCCUGCUCAUCGAAUCAUUCAACAAAUCCAGGAGUCGCAGGGGGCGGAAGUAACCAACAAGCUUGUGGACGCAUUGUUCAGGUUGUACUUCGCUGAGGGGAGACAUCCUGGUGAGGAUGAGAUGUUAGUUGAAGCAUGCGUCGAGGCUGGCGUGGAUGAGAAAGAGGCGAAGAGCUUGGUUGAAAACAAAGCAAAAGGGGAGAGGAAAACAAAAGAGGACAUUAGAAGUAUCGGUAUGGACAUUGACUCUGUUCCUACCGUCAUCAUUGAGGGACGAAGGAGAGACUUGACGCUCACUGGACUGAAAGAAGUAUCAGAGUAUGUCAAGGCUAUGGAGACAAUCAAGAAAGAGAGCACAUGA